GUAUAUUUUCAAGCGCGUGCGAUGUAAUACUCCUAUUCCUACUUAUAUUUAGGUAUAAACUAAAAGAACUAUAAUUACAUUUAGAUAAACAGUAACCGGUCUCAUUUGACUAUAGUACGUUUCGGUAUAGUCCGUAGUAUUCCGGUUCAGACUAAGUAUGUCGACUACUAGUAUUACAAACAAACAGAAAACCAUGGCCGCAAAUGAUGCGGCAGAAUCUGAAAAAAUGCAAAUAUCAAAUGGCGGAGUAGACAGUAUCGCAGGAAGUACAGUUAAAUUAAAAAGAGAACUUGGCUUAUUUUCUGCAGUUAAUCUGAUUCUUGGUGUAAUGAUUGGCUCAGGAAUAUUCGUCUCCCCGGCUUCAGCUUUAGAAUAUUCGGGCUCCGUGGCAUUAUGUUUAAUUAUAUGGACAGUUUCUGGAAUAAUAUCCUUAUUAGGAGCCUUGUCUUUCGCUGAGUUGGGUACGGUGGUAAACAAAUCUGGUGCUGAAUAUUCAUAUUUCCAAGAGGCAUUUGGUGGAAUUCACAGAUAUUGGGGGCCAUUACCCUCUUUUAUCUGCGCAUGGAUAUACGUUAUGAUACUCCGACCGGCAGAGGUUGCUAUCAUUGUUAUGACUUUUGCCGAAUACGCGAUACAACCAUUUACUACGGAACUACAGGCGGAUUACAAAAUAAUGGCUAUUAAAUUAGCAUCGUUAUCGGCUUUGUUUAUCAUGACAUUCAUCAACAUAACGAGCGUAAAAUUGUUUGUGAAAGUUCAGAACGUUUUUGGAAUCUGCAAAGUGUUUGCUUGUCUGGUCGUCAUAGGCGGUGGAAUCUAUGAAAUAGCUAGAGGCAACACAGCCCACUUAAAUAAAGGCUUCGAGGGGAGUACAACGAAUCCAGGGAGCAUUGCCCUCGCCCUGUAUUCAGGCCUGUGGGCGUACGAUGGCUGGAACAGUGUCACUGUGGUCACAGAGGAGAUCAUCAACCCCAGUGUCAACGUUCCGCUCAGCAUAUCAAUCGCGGUGCCUCUAAUAACUGCUCUAUACGUCUUCAUGAACGUAGCGUACAUGACAGUGCUGAGUUAUGCGGAAAUGACGUCAGUGCCGGCUGUGGCAGUGGCGUUCGGGGCCAGGGUGCUGGGGCCGGCCAGCUUCUUGAUACCUCUCGGUGUUGCCAUGGCGACCUUCGGGUGCGCUAUGAGCGUCCAAUUCGGGGUUACCAGAGUUUGCUAUACAGCAGCCCGGGGUGGACACAUGCUGGAAGUAUUCUCUUAUGUCAACGUCAAGAGAUUGACGCCGGCUCCCGCGGUCGCCUUCCAAGCAUUCCUUACUACAAUAUUUAUAUCAGUUGGCAACAUCAAAACCCUAAUAGAAUUCGCUAGUUGGUUCCUAUGGUUUUUCUACGGUCUCGCCAUGGUCGCAUUGCUAGUGCUGAGAAAGACACAAGCGAACAAACCAAGGCCGUACAGAGUACCGACUCCUGUGCCAUGUUUUGUGUUGCUAGUGGCAAUAUUCCUGUCAGUGUUGCCAAUAGUCCACGACCCGUCAAUUAAAUAUUUGAUGGCCAUCGGCUUUAUAGUUUUAGGAGUUAUUGUUUAUACAUUAUUUGUAUAUUAUAAGAAGACGCCUACUGUAAUUUUAAGAAAAUUCACAUUAAUAACUCAACUACUGUUCGAGAGUGUACCGCCUAGCAAGGGUCAAGACUGAAUGCUUUUUCUACUCGAUUUUAUCUGUAAAUAUAAUGAAAGUACAUUUAAUACACAAAAUAAAAUUAAGUUGACAUGAAAUUACUUA